AUGGUCUUGAAAAUCAUGCAGUGGGGUCCCGUUGCACCAGGAGGAUCAUACCAGACACCGGUCUCGUGGAUUCUCUUAGGUUGUCGCUGCUACAGUACAGUAGUUAAUGGUGGUUACGUGAAGUACAACACGGGAGGUGGAGUUGUGCCGGGAAAGUUGAAUGUUCAUUUGGUUCCACAUUCACAUGAUGAUGUUGGUUGGUUAAAGACUGUUGAUCAAUACUAUGUUGGAUCAAAUAACAGUAUUCAGGGCGCUUGUGUUGAGAAUGUGUUGGAUUCAGUGGUGGAAUCAUUGCGUCGAGAUUCGAAUAGAAAAUUUGUUUUUGUUGAAAUGCGAUGGUGGGUAGAACAAAGUGAGGAAAUUCAAGAGCAAGUGAGGAAACUUGUUGAUGCUGGCCAACUGGAAUUUGUAAACGGUGGUUGGUGUAUGCAUGAUGAAGCAACUUGCCAUUACAUAGACAUGAUUGACCAAACAACUCUAGGUCACCACGCAAUAAAGCAGCAGUUUAACAAGACUCCUCGAGCUGGAUGGCAGAUUGAUCCAUUUGGACAUUCUGCAGUGCAAGCUUACCUUCUUGGGACUGAGCUUGGGUUCGAUUCUGUACACUUUGCAAGGAUUGAUUACCAGGACAGAGCAAAGCGCAAAGAUGAUAAAUCUCUUGAAGUUAUUUGGCGUGGAUCCAAGACAUUUGGUUCUUCCUCUCAGAUUUUUGCCAAUGCCUUUCCUGUACAUUAUAGUCCCCCAACUGGUUUUCAUUUUGAAGUGUUUGACGACUUUGUGCCUGUCCAGGACAAUCCCCUUUUAGAUGACUACAAUGUUGAGCAGCGGGUUAAUGAUUUUAUAAAUGCUGCUAUGACCCAAGCAAAUGUGACAAGGACAAACCAUAUUAUGUGGACCAUGGGUGAUGAUUUCCAGUAUCAAUAUGCUGAGUCUUGGUUCAAGCAGAUGGACAAAUUAAUUCACCAUGUUAACAAGGAUGGUCGAGUGAACGCUUUGUAUUCUACUCCAUCUAUCUACACUGAUGUGAAAAAUGCAGCAAAUGAGUCAUGGCCACUGAAAACUGAUGAUUAUUUCCCUUAUGCGGAUCGGGAUAAUGCCUACUGGACUGGCUUUUUUACCAGUCGCCCAGCCUUGAAGCGAUAUGUUCGUCAGCUGAGUGGAUAUUAUCUGAUGGAACUGGAAGUACCUGGUGGAGAAAGGAUAACUUCUAUAAUGGCUACUCUAGCUGAAUUUUCUCAUCUUGCACGGCAACUGGAGUUCUUGGUUGGGAAAAAAUCCACUGGUCCCAACACAUAUAGACUUGGAGAUGCUUUAGGCAUUGCACAGCACCACGAUGGUGUCUCUGGCACUGCCAAACAACACACUACAAAUGACUAUGAAAAACGCCUUGCUAUUGGAGCCUUAGAGGCAGAAGCUACUGUGAGUUCUGCUAUGUCAUGCUUGGUUAGCAAUAAAUCAAGAGAUCAAUGUGCAAAACCAGCAUUGAAUUUUAGCCAGUGUCAAUUACUAAAUAUCAGUUACUGCCCACCAACAGAGGAAGCUAUUGCAGACGGAAAGAGAUUGGUCGUGGUUGUGUAUAACCCUCUUGGAUGGAAUCGCACUGAUGUUAUUAGGAUACCAGUUAAUGACCACAAUCUAGCUGUUACUGAUUCCUCUGGAAAACAUAUUGAUACACAAUAUGUUGCCAUGGAUAAUACGACAAGCAACUUAAGAACCUUUUAUUUGAAGGCAUAUGGAUUUCCAUCCAAUCAAGUCCCUGGCUACUGGCUGCACUUUCAAGUGUCAGUGCCACCACUUGGUUGGAGUACUUACUUUAUUGCUAGUGCUCGUGGGAUAGGGAGAAGAAGAAAUGGACUCUCUGUUACGGACAGCCCACAGAAUGAUACCAUUGAAAUUGGACCUGGAAAUUUGAAAAUGUCCUUUUCUUCGAUGACUGGCCAACUCAAACGGAUGUAUAAUUCCAAAACAGGGGUUGAUGUGCCGAUACAGCAAAGCUACCUUUGGUAUGGUUCAAGCUCUGAUGGCACGCAAUCUUCAGGUGCAUAUAUUUUCCGGCCUGAUGGGUCCCCUCCCCACAUUGUUGCAAGAUCAGUGCCGUUGCAGGUUCAUCGAGGACCGCUGUUUGAUGAGGUUCACCAACGGUUUAAUUCUUGGAUCUACCAGGUCACAAGAGUUUACAAAGACAAAGAGCAUGCGGAAGUUGAAUACACUAUUGGCCCAAUUCCCCUUGAAGAUGGUGUUGGAAAAGAGGUCAUCACAAGAAUGACAGCAAAUAUGGCCACAGAAAAGGUGUUUUAUACUGAUUCCAAUGGAAGAGACUUUCUAAAGCGGAUUCGAGACCAUAGAGCUGACUGGAGCCUCUCAGUCAAUCAACCUGUAGCAGGAAACUAUUAUCCACUUAACCUUGGAAUAUUUAUGAUGGAUAAGAAAUCUGAAUUAUCAGUUCUGGUUGAUCGUGCCACUGGAGGAGCCAGCAUUGAAGAUGGUCAACUAGAACUAAUGCUUCAUAGGCGGACUCUCCGUGAUGAUUCCAGAGGAGUUGGUGAACCCCUUGAUGAAAGUGUUUGCAUUGGAGAUGAAUGUGAAGGACUAACGGUAGGGGCUGGAGCAGUCUGGCGCCGAACAACUGGCCAAGAGAUUUACUCACCGCUUCUUGCAGCUUUCACACAAGAGAAGGAAGAGACUUGGAAAGCAUCUCAUUUGACCACAGGAACUGCCAUGGAUCCCGGCUACAGCUUGCCACUAAAUGUUGCUUUGAUAACUCUUCAGGAGCUGGAUGAUGCAAGUGUACUUCUUCGUCUGGCACAUUUAUACGAGGCUGGAGAAGAUGCUACUUAUUCAACGCUGGCUAAAGUUGAACUGAAGAAGAUGUUCAGUGGAAAAACAGUUAAGGAACUGAAGGAAAUGAGCUUGUCAUCUAACCAAGAGAAAUCAGAGAUGAAGAAGAUGACAUGGAAGGUUGAGGGAGACAAUGAAGUGCGGCCUUCACCAGUUAGAGGUGGUCCUGUUGAUAGUUCAACUCUCAUUGUUGAACUUGGUCCCAUGGAAAUUCGCACUUUCUUGCUGAAAUUUUGA